AUGGUGGAGGCGGCGCCCGCGGGGCCCGGGCCGCUGCGGAGGACCUUCCUGGUGCCCGAGAUCAAGUCGCUGGACCAGUACGACUUCUCGCGGGCCAAGGCGGCGGCGAGCCUGGCGUGGGUGCUGCGGGCCGCGUUCGGGGGCGCAGAGCACGUGCCCCCGGAGCUGUGGGAGCCCUUCUACACUGACCAGUACGCACAGGAGCACGUGAAGCCCCCGGUCACCCGCCUGCUGCUCUCCGCUGAGCUCUACUGCCGGGCCUGGCGCCAGGCACUGCCGCAGCUUGAGGCCCCUCCCAACCCCUCCGCGCUGCUGGCCCUGCUGUCUCGGAGGGGCACGGUGCCCUCGCUACCCGAUCGCCCUGUGCGCGAGGCCGACCUGAGACAACAGCCCAUUCUCAUGGGAGCCCACUUGGCCGUCAUCGAUGCCCUCAUGGUGGCCUUCGCCUUUGAGUGGACAAAGACGCUGCCGGGUCCCUUGGCUCUGCCCAACUUGGAGCACAAGUUGCUUUUCUGGGUGGAAACGAACGUCCGGGGGCUGCAGGAGAAGACAGAGCAGGAAGCUGCACAGCGGGUGUCUCCCGCCGCCCCUGCCGACGGGGCGGCCCCUGCGCAGCCUUCGUGUCCCACACGCUGGUACUGGAAGCUGGUUCCUCACGCAAUUGCCUUCUGUUUGAAGGAGUCGGGGAGCAAACCCCCCAUGAUCCGCUACCGCAAGGACCGGGCUACGGCCCGCCGCGCCCCCUGCUUCCCAUCCGUGACCACCGUCCAGGAUCUGGCCAGUGGAGCUGCGCUGGCCGCCACCAUCCACUGCUAUUGUCCUCAGCUCUUACGUCUUGAGGAGGUUUGCCUCAAGGACCCCAUGUCCGUGGCCGACAGCCUGUACAACCUCCAGCUGGUGCAGGAUUUCUGCGCCUCUCGCCUUCCCCGUGGCUGCCCGCUGUCCCUCGAGGACUUGCUUUAUGUCCCUCCGCCGCUCAAGGUCAACCUGGUGGUGCUGCUGGCUGAGAUGUUCAUGUGCUUCGAGGUGCUGAAACCCGACUUCGUGCAGGCCAAGGACUUACCGGAUGGGCACGCCGCCUCCCCCCGGGGCACCGAGGCCUCCCCGUCCCAGAACAACAGCGGCAGCAGUUCCCCUGUCUUCAACUUCCGGCACCCGCUCCUGUCCCCUGGCGGCUCCCAGUCCCCGCUUCGGGGAUCGACAGGCUCCCUGAAGUCCUCCCCGUCCAUGUCUCACAUGGAGGCCCUGGGCAAGGCCUGGAAUCGGCAGCUCAGCCGGCCCCUCUCCCAGGCUGUGUCGUUCAGCACCCCCUUUGGCCUGGACAGCGACGUGGAUGUCGUCAUGGGAGACCCCGUUCUGCUGCGCUCCGUCAGCUCAGACAGUCUGGGCCCCCCGCGGCCUGUGCCGGCGGCUCGGACCCCCGUCCAGCCGACCCCGGAGCCUGGCGAUCUGCCCACCAUCGAGGAAGCCCUGCAGAUCAUCCACAGUGCCGAGCCCCGGCUGCUCCCGGAUGGCGCCGCGGAUGGCAGCUUCUACCUCCACUCCCCCGAGGGCCCCUCGAAACCGCCGCUGUCCUCCUCCUACCCACCUAUGGGGGCCUCGAAACUACUGUCUGAUGGGCUUCCCAAAGCGCCUGUUUAUGUGUCCCACCCCGAGGUCCCCUCAAAAUCAUCCCCUUGCCCAGCAGGGGAGGAAUUGAAGCCACCAGCCCCAGCUGAGGGGUCCCCGAAGGCAGUGGCUUUGUCCCCUGCAGCCACCAACUCAGAAGUAAAGAUGACCAGUUUCGCCGAGCGCAAGAAACAGCUCGUGAAGGCCGAGGUGGAGGUUGGAGUAGCAUCCCCCACGGCUACUCCAGUAGCACCCGAGGCCCUGAGCUCAGAGAUGAGCGAACUAGGAGCUCGGCUGGAGGAGAAACGCCGGGCCAUAGAGGCCCAGAAGCGUCGCAUCGAAGCCAUCUUUGCCAAACACCGCCAGCGUCUGGGCAAGAACGCUUUCCUGCAGGUGCAGCCGCGGGAGGCAGCGGGGGAGGCGGAGGCGGAGCCGGGGCCGGGCUCAGCCCCUGCAGGGGAGCGGCCGGCAGGCGAGGGCCAGGGCGAGCCCUCCUCGCGGCCCAAGUCAGUGACCUUCUCUGCCGAGCUGGGCCCGGUGCCCCCCGAGGGGCUCGGGGACUACAACCGAGCAGUCAGCAAGCUGAGUGCCGCACUGAGCUCGCUGCAGCGGGACAUGCAGAGGCUCACGGACCAGCAGCAGCGCCUUCUGGCCCCGCCGGAAGCCUCCGGACCUGCCCCACCACCCGCUGCCUGGGUCAUCCCCGGUCCCAUGGCCGGGCCCAAAGCCGUGUCCCCCAGCCCUGCCCGGCGAGCCCCAGCCCCCCGGCGCAGCCCCGGCCCCGGCCCCGGCCCCGGCCCCGGCCCCAACCCGACAUCUCGAAGCCCGAAACACGCACGGCCGGCAGAGCUGCGCCUGGCCCCCCUGACCAGGGUGCUCACGCCCCCCAACGAUGUAGACAGUCUCCCCCACCUGCGCAAGUUCUCGCCGAGCCAGGUUCCUGUGCAGACGCGCUCCUCCAUCCUCCUGUCGGAGGGGACGCCGCCCGAGGAGCCCACACCCCGGCCCGGCCUCAUUGAGAUCCCCUUGGCCAGCCUGGGCGAGCCUGCUGCAGAGGAUGAGAGAGACGGGAGCCCUCCCGGGGCUGAGGAUUCCUUAGAGGAGGAGGCCUUGUCCGAGGGAGAGCCCCGGACUGGGCUCGGAUUCUUCUUUAAGGACGAAGACAAGCCCGAGGAUGAGAUGGCCCAGAAGCGGGCCAGUCUGCUGGAGCGGCAGCAGCGGCGGGCAGAGGAGGCCCGGAAGCGUCGGCAGUGGCAGGAGGCCGAGAAGGAGCAGCGGAGAGAGGAGCCUGUGAGGCUGGUGCACGAGGAGCCCACCGCAGCACCCCCAGCCCCCGCGUCAGCUCCCCUGGCGGUGGCCCCAGCCCCUGCCACUCGGGUCCCUGCUGAGGAGGAGGGGGGGCCCCGGCGAGGGGAGUUCACGCGGCUCGAGUACGAGCGCCGGGCCCAGCUGAAGCUCAUGGACGACCUGGAUAAGGUGCUGCGGCCCCGGGCCCCGGGGGCCGGGGGCCCAGGUCGGGGCGGGCGGAGGGGCCCCCGGCCUCGCUCUGGCUGCUGCGACGACUCGGCUCUGGCCCGAAGCCCUGCGCGUGGCCUGCUGGGCUCACGGCUCAGCAAGGUCUACUCCCAGUCCACCCUGUCUCUGUCCACCGUGGCCAACGAGCUGCCCAACAACCUCGGCGUGAAGAGGCCCACGUCUCGGGCCCCCUCCCCGUCGGGCCUCAUGUCCCCGAGCCGCCUGCCGGGCAGCCGAGAGCAAGACUGGGAGAACGGCAGCAACGCCUCCUCGCCGGCCUCGGUGCCCGAGUACACAGGUCCGAGACUGUACAAGGAGCCCAGUGCGAAGUCCAACAAGUUCAUCAUCCACAACGCCCUGUCACACUGCUGCCUGGCGGGCAAGGUGAAUGAGCCGCAGAAGAACCGCGUCCUGGAGGAGAUCGAAAAGAGCAAGGCCAACCACUUCCUGAUCCUCUUCCGGGACUCCAGCUGCCAGUUCCGGGCACUUUACACAUUGUCAGGGGAGACGGAGGAGCUGUCCAGGCUGGCGGGCUACGGCCCGCGGACUGUCACCCCCACCAUGGUCGAAGGCAUCUACAAGUACAACUCGGACCGCAAGCGCUUCACCCAGAUCCCGGCCAAAACCAUGUCCAUGAGCGUCGAUGCCUUCACCAUCCAGGGACACCUCUGGCAGAGCAGGAAGCCCACCACUCCCAAGAAGGGGGGCGGCACCCCCAAAUAGGCCUCCCAGGGGUCGGUCAGUCCUGGGUCCUGGCUGUCUCCAGCCUUGCACGGGUGGGGCUGAGUCCCCGCCCCUAACCUUGAGUCUGGUCCUGCUGUGGGGGCCGAGCUGGGAGCUUCAGGGACUCAGGGCUCAGCUUGGUCCCCUUGUCUGCCCUCCCCACCUUCUGGAAUAAAAUAAUUUAAACAGCAGUGGAGCUGGGCCACCUCCAGGGCUGGCUGGAAUUUGGUCCGUCUCCUCUGCCACCUCGA